AUGCCAUCUGCUAUCAGAGAUACCAAAGUGACGCCCAUCGACCAUGGCCUCAAAAGCAAUGUUGACUUCGGAGCCACAGUGCAUGGCAUUGACCUCAACAAUUUGACUGAUUCAGACUUCGACAUAAUCCAUGAUGCUCUCCACAAACAUAAACUUCUUGUGUUCAAAGAGCAGCCGGAAAUGCUGCUUCCAACCAAGCAGUACGAGCUCACAAGGAGAUUCGACCCGGACGAGACAACAGGAGGUUUUGCGCACGGCGUCGAUCCCUUCCUCACUUCCCACAACGGCGUCGACAUAUUCGGUCUCCCCAAUCGUCCUGCGAUCCCUGUUCAGCCUCAAGUCCAUAUCCUAGGUCGUGGAGAAGUGCCCGAAAACCAUUACCAGUUUCCGCCUGGAUUUAAAGUCAAAGGUAUUGACCACAGAUACUUCCACCUCCCACCCCAUCUCACAGACGAGGAGCGCGAAGGAGGCAAGUCCCGCUUCUAUCAAUGGCACUUCGACGCAGCAUUGUACGACAUUCCCCCUCCACGAGUUGGAUGUCUCCUUGCAGUCAGGACACCCAAGGGCCCAGAUGUGAAAGUUGAAUGGGGCGACGGAACCGGGACUGAGAUGUCGAUUGCGCCAGGAGCAACAGCUAUGGUAGCUGGCUCACGAGCACUUGAGCUCCUGUCUCCGGAGCUGAAAGACAUUGUGUACAACAGCAAGAUUGAGUAUGCGCCGCACUGCUUUGAGUGGAUGUCUACAGCGCACAGUACUCGCUUGGGACACACCAUUGAGACAGAAGGGUUGGAGAAACCACUUGAUCAGCUGAAGCCGUGGCGUCAGGAUAAAGUCUGCACUUACCCGAUGGUUUGGGAGAAUCCCGUGACGGGUGAGCACAGUCUGCAGGUACAUGGGCAAGGUGCUUUCAAGUUAUUCUUGAAGAGUAGUCCUGAUGGUGAGGAGACUGUUGUAAGUGAUCUUGGUGAGGUCAGGGCAUUUUUGCACAAACUCAUGCGACCCGCAAUUGACCCGAGCAAUAUCUAUGCUCAUAGGCAUGAAGAGCAAGACGUCAUUCUAUGGUACAAUCGCGCUCUAUGGCAUUCAAUCACCGAGUUUCCUGAAUCAUAUGGUCCGAGAAUCAUGCAUCAGUGCAAUGUUGCAGCUUCAGAUCACCCGGUCGCUGCCACUAGGAAGAUCAUGUAG